AUUGCCAGUAUUGCCUAUCUAAACAUAACAUUUAAGAACACUUAAAGAAUACAAAAAUAACCAUGUAGUCCUCUACUCAGGAAGUUUCAUAGUACAUUUUUUUACCCUAUUGACCUGUAGUGUUUUCAAAAUCUAAGUCAUUUUAUUAACACUUAUAAUGGUUAGUAUUUAUUUUCCUGAUAUCUUCCCGUCAACGACAUUUUAACUAUAUAUAUAUUAGAUAUAGAGGACCACAUCAUUCAUUCAGAGAGGAUAAUAUUAAAUGAUCAACAAGCAACAUGGCUGCUCCCACUUUCGACCUGAGCUUACCUCAGAAUCAAAAUGCUCAUUAGCUUGUCACACACACACACAAACAGACUGUUCAGAGAUUGGAUGGAGGCUAAUGGGAUGACAGCUAAUCCUCAGAGCUAAAGGCAGAGUAAUGGCCCUCUCUCAGCUGCACACGCAUAUGUGCACGAUAGAUAUCCUCAUUUUUACUUCCAUGCCAAACUCACAUGAGGUCGUGCUACGAGAAAAGGGAAAGACGAGAGACAUCAAGCGGAACCGAGUCACAGCAGCGUGCGCCUGAGGGUCGGAGGGCGCCUGGAAAAUGAGUUUCUGAAGAAGCGAGGGAGGAAGAGUGGGAGGAAUGACAGGAGGAAGUUGACCAUAUCUUUGAUAGAACGAAAAGGUGUGAACUUAAAGGGGCUGGUGUUGUUGCCAUGGCGAGGCCCGGACGCCCCGUGUCUGAGAGCUGCCAGCCCGCAGGCUGUUCCGUCAGCCAGUCCGCCUCUUACUCCAGCGAAGCCAAGGUCCUGGGACCGGAGGACGGCGACGACCACGCGCCCAUUUUCUCCCUCUCUAAGAGCUACAUGGAUGUCGUCACGGCGACGGGGCCGACGCACAAGCGGGACUCGGCCUGGAGCCACGUGGACCUGAAGCGCAGCUCCAGCACCAACACGCACGCCGAGCGGAACUCGGUGACGCUGCAGCAGCUGCACCCUCACAUGUGGCAGCACAUCAACUCCACCCGGCGCUGCCAGUCGUCGCUCUCGGCCGAGAGCGCGGACGUGCACGUGCCUCCCGCCCUCAGCGAGCGGUGGAUGGCCAACAUGCAUCGCUGGAGCGCGUGCAGCGGCACGCUGAGCCGCAGCAGUACUCCGGACACGGUUGUGUGGAGAGGCGGGACCUCGCGGCCCUCGAGUUUAACCCAGGAAACCCCUUGGUCUCCGGUGUCCAAAACGACCCCCUCGCCGACGACGCCCUCGCCCUUUACGUCCCCCUUACAGACGCCGACUCGACCACUGGAAGAUCUUUUGACUUCUUCUUUUUCGACCCAAACGCUGAGGACACAUCAGCAGGAAGUCUUCCCAAAGCCCUCUACACCGCUGUCACCCUCGCAGGCUCAACCCUCCUCACCUUCACCGCCGUACUCCCCCGAUCACCUGCAGCUCACCAGCGCAGAGGAUGAGGGCUUCCUGGACCACAACCAUUAUUGUUUCACAUUCCCAUCCCCGAUCCCGUCGUCUGUUAGUUUAGCAGAAGCGGGUUUGCCAUCAGAUGCUGAAUACCCGGUUGACGAUAACGUGAUGCAGGAUCUCCGCAGUCCUGGGGGCUCGGGGCUACUGGGGGUUGGAGGAGAGAGAAGCCCGGACAACGUGUUAAAUCAUUCGGCGGCUACAUCUCCAGAAGAUGAAGAGGAAUCGGGAAGAGGAGCCUCAGUCUGCCACCUCGAGCUGCCAUGGCAGCCGGGCCCAAGCUGUCCGGCGGGCCGCGGUUGGAAAUCACCCCUGGUUUCUUCCCUGAGCGACUCGCUAUUGGGGGACUGCUGCAGGUGCAACUUGAACACCAGAGAGGGCAUCGUGAGGGCGCAGGUGUUGCGGGAGGCAGGUACAAUGACUUCACAGCCGGAGCUGGUGGACGCGGCGGUGCAGACGAUCUCCCCCGUCGCCUCCCUGUGGGUCCUCGGGAGAAAGAUGCCCAACUCCAACAUGGGCUCCCACUCCCUCCUGGGCUCGCCGCCCGGAUCAAGGCUAAACCUUAAGUCCUCAGCGGGGUCAAACACCAACCUGGUGUCCCCGUCCCCUAGCAUGUUCCCGAUGAGCAGCUGCGACGAAGAGGCGAGGCAAGGAGACGACCCGGCGUGGGAAAUCAACUCCGCCUCCUCGCAGGAUCUGGAGAGGAGGCGGUCGUGUCUGAAGAUAAAGAUGGGCGAGGAGGGGGAGGUCAUGGGGAGGAGGGGCAGCAUGAAGCAGGUGCAGUGGGACGAGGACGGCAUGACAUGGGACGUUCACGGAGCCUCGCUGGACCCGGAGGUGCUGAGCACGGCCAUACAGAAACAUCUGGAGCUCCAGAACAGCCCCCGCACGCCGCGACUUUCUUUGAAGAAGAACAAAGCGCCUAAGCCUCCUCUCAUGGGGAACGUGGUGAAGGCCAUUGCCCCGGAUCUUCAUUCGCCGGUGGCGAUUGUCAAUUCCACUUGCAAGGAGCGCGAGAACAAGGGGACACCAGAGGAGGACGGAGGGAAAAAGGAGGAAAGAACAAAAGCGGUUCGUAGAAUAAGCAGAGCGGAGGCCGCGUAUGUCAAAGAAGACGACGAGGUGUACGGAGGCGAAGGCACCACCAAUCCUGGAUCACCUUCUAGUGGGAGGGGACACAGCUGCAAAAAGGGUGUGAUCAGGUCCCUGAAGAAGCCUGGCUGGUGCGGAGGCUCCCGAAGGGAAGAUGACUGAUUUAGGAGGCAUAUCAUUAGCAUUUUACCAUCUCAUUAAUUUAAAGAAUGACCUGCAAAUUAGUCACUCUAACCCCAAAACCAACAGGAGGCAAUACAGUUAUUCAUGAGGAUGCUCAAUAAAACCUUCUCAUUUGG